AUGCCAUUGAAACAACAUGGUAUUUUCAUGAGGCAUGUGAAUUUUCAUGGUUGUCUAAAGAUGGGGCUGUCUUUCACCAAGCUUUUUAGUCGCCUGUUUUCUAAGAGAGAAAUUCGCAUUGUUAUGGUUGGUCUUGAUGCUGCUGGUAAAACCACAAUUUUGUAUAAGCUCAAGUUGGGUGAAGUUGUCACGACUAUCCCUACCAUCGGAUUUAAUGUGGAGACUGUUGAGUACAAGAACAUUAACUUUACUGUAUGGGAUAUUGGUGGUCAGGACCAGGUAAGUCUAAAGAUGGGGCUGUCUUUCACCAAGCUUUUUAGUCGCCUGUUUUCUAAGAGAGAAAUUCGCAUUGUUAUGGUUGGUCUUGAUGCUGCUGGUAAAACCACAAUUUUGUAUAAGCUCAAGUUGGGUGAAGUUGUCACGACUAUCCCUACCAUCGGAUUUAAUGUGGAGACUGUUGAGUACAAGAACAUUAACUUUACUGUAUGGGAUAUUGGUGGUCAGGACCAGAUUAGUCGUUUGUGGAGGUUUUACUUCUCGAACACACAAGGGCUUAUCUUUGUGGUCGAUAGCAAUGAUCGAGAUCGUGCGGGUGAGGCAAGAGAUAAGCUGCACAAGUUGUUGAAUGAGGAUGAAUUAAAGGAUGCCGUGUUGCUUGUGUUUGCAAACAAGCAAGAUCUUCCCAAUGCAAUGAAUGCUGCUGAGAUCACUGAUAAGCUUGGCCUUCAGUCUCUCCGACAGCAACGCUGGUAUAUCCAGAGCACAUGUGCCACUUCUGGAGAAGGGCUAUACGAGGGACUGGAUUGGCUUUCAAACAACAUUGUUAACAAGGCUUAGUGGAUUGUCACGCUUGCUGGAUGGGUU